AUGAAGAAGAGAAUUGCAAAUGCAGAGUUUGAAUUCCCAGAUAGAGAAUGGGAGAUGGUCUCGGACAAUGCGAAAGAUCUUAUAAAAGGGCUACUUGUGGUCGAUCCAGAGAAGAGGAUGAAUAUUGAAGAAGUGAUGCAACACCCGUGGCUAAUUUCCGAUGCGCCAGAUAUUCCCCUCUUCUCACCGCAUUUUAUCAAAUCUAAGGAUGCUCUUGCAACUGCACUUGCAGCAGGAAAUCGUCGCCUUAGAACUGUGGAACUCGCUCCUGUCGAAACUGCGUACAAUCCAAUAUUAAUUCGAGCAAAGCAGCGCCAAAAAUCUACAACGUUUACACCUGCUGAGUCGAUCUACCAAGGGGACGCAGCGAACUUAGAAGCGCCAGUCGAUAUGUCGUUACAAAUUAACAUCUUGAGAACAGCACUCUGCCACUUGCUAAACCUCCUGCACAUGAAGAGCGAAGAUCGCAUCCGCUCAUCAGACUGGGAGGCCUGGGAAAACCUCGUUCGAGUCACUCCCGCUCUCAGUCACUAUGCUCGCUACGAUAGCAAACACAUUACGAAUCAAAUCGCUCUCAGUCUUCAAAAGACCAUAGUCGCCAUGAAGGAGUAG